AUGGAAUUCCACAGUCCUGCCGAGCCUUCCCACCAGCGCAGCGGCUUUUCCGCGGUGUCGAGCGGCUGCCCAGGCCUCUGUUCUUCUCUGCCUGUGGGCGCCGGCGACGAAUCGGGGGCUGGCGCGAUCAGGUGGUUUUUCAAGAAGUUCGGCUCGCGCCUUUUCGAGGCCGCCGCGUCCGCUGCGACCAGCGCGCAUUGUCCGUACACCGGAGUCAGACGAGGGGCGGCAGUUCUCACUGCAGAAGGAAACGUCUACGCAGGCUGCUCAAUAGAGAACGUGGCGUUCCCCUGCUCCCUCUGCGCCGUCCACUGCGCUGUCGCGUCCGCAGUGUCCGCGGAGCUUGGAAGACAAAGCCGUCUUGAGGGACACGUCGUCGCCUGUGCCGUCGUCGAGUUGGCUGACGAGGCCACGGCUGGCGCGCCUCAGCCCGGCAGAGUUGACCGAGGGGAAGCGCAGCGGGACGGGCAAAAAGAUGUGGCCAACAGCCCCGCGACGCAGCGCCCGCUUCCACAGCGCGCCGUCCCCGGCUGCUGCCGUCAGUGGCUGGCGGAGGUGCGGGCGCCUGGGGGAGACGUUGAGGUUCUUUCUGCGCGCCUGCUGUCCGCGGCCGCCCCAUGUGUUUUUGAGAACGGCCUUCAGGCCGGAGCGGAGGGCGUUGACAGGCGUGUCGUGACGCCGAGAAUUCUGGCGUGUCGAGUCGAGUCCCUGCGCGCCCUGCUGCCUGUGGGGGAUGGCGAAAACGGCCUUCUCUCUGCGGGACCUCAGUCUGCACGCCCAGACCUCGAAACUCUCCCGCACACGCGGUGGCUGCGGAUGCGGGCCGACGUAGUCAUGACAGAUGGCUCUCCGGUGCCUGAGUUCCUUCCCGGGAUGCUCCGCACGCUUGCGGUCGCGCUCCUUCGUUCGUACUGUCCGUACUCGGGGUUCCCAGUUGGAGCUUCUGUUCUCACCGACAAAGGCGUGUUUCUAGGAUGCAACGUCGAGAACGAGAUUCUGGCUCUGGGGAUGUGCGCGGAGCAAAUGGCGAUUGCGAACGCUCGUGCUGGUGGCGCACAGAAAUUCUUUGCCGUGGUCCUGGCCUUCCAGAACUUCCUACAGUGCUUUGGCAGACCCUGUGGCAAAUGCAGGCAGGUGAUCGGAGAGACCGGCAGGAUGGGGGCCGCCGGAGCCAACCCUAUUUCUGUGUAUGCCUGUCGCAGACUCAUCGGAGUGCCUGACGAAUCAGGCGCGGAAACGGCGACACCUAUGCGCUGGCAAUGCCAAAAACUACAUGGCAGUGAUCUGCUGCCAUACGCGUUCAAUUCGCUUGACGUGGCGACCAGUGGGUAG